UCUAACAUUAUUCUCGAAUGUGCAUAUCUACCUAGAAUCUGAAUAUAUUUUUUUAACUUCGAUAGAGUCUAUGAAUGACUUAGAAAUCAAGUAACUAAUAAUACAAUGGAAAAAUCCUUAAAAUCACCUCCAACCUUUGCACUUAUUGGAACCACGUUGAUUUCUACGUCCUUUGGGGUACACUCUAUUCUCCUUUAAAUAAGCCUCCAAACAUUCAUUAGAAGGCUCUACAAACUACAUCUACCUUCCCUUCAUGUUUUCCUUAAACCUAUAAUGUCUUAUUGGAGUGAAGAAGAAAUUUGUUUGAUUCUAGCAUUAUGUUUUCUAGUAUUUGUUACACUAAGGCAGUGGAAAUUUUUCAAAUGUCUCUUGUGUAAAGCUAUCACUACAAUUUCAUCUUCAAAUUCAAAUUGGAAUGAAGGGCAAUUUCAAGAUGAAUCUAUUCCACAAAACUUAUCACCACAAUUUGAAGGUAGUGAGUUGGAAUUGUCAAUUAUAAACUCUCUUCCUAUGUAUCAAUUUACGAAAAGUGAGAUACAAGAGAGUCUAAUUGAUACAGAGUGUGCUAUUUGUUUGGGAGAAUUUGAAGAAGGAGAAUGGUUAAAACUCGUUCCUAAUUGUAACCAUGGUUUCCAUGUUUCAUGCAUUGAUAAGUGGUUUCAAUUGCAUUCAAGUUGUCCAUUAUGUAGAUCUCGUGUCUAUCGUAUACUAAUUGCAAAUCAUGAGUGUUCUGUGUCAGUUAACACUUGGCUAGAAAUUUUGGGUAUGGAUGACAUUACUCCAGAAAGGAAUGCACUUUUCCAAUCACAUUCGCUGUGACGACAACAACAACCAAACCUUAUAGCAAUAACA